AUUGGGCUAUGCCUGAACACCGUGGCGUAUAUUCGUAUCUACAGAGCUGUUAGAUAUCAUGAAAACCGGAUACAAUGUCAACUUCAGGUACAAAACUCCAAUUCUUCAAUUGAUCUACUUCGGCAAAGAAAGUCGUCUUUAAAUGCUUUGGUUGUGUAUUUAGUAUUCCUGGUUUGCUACCUUCCAUAUAUAUUCACUAUCAUUUUAUUGCUAGUACUCGAUAGUGAAGACACUUCCUUGCUGUUAGCUGAACGUGCAUCGUUGAUUCUUAUUUUCCUGAAUUCGUCAAUAAACCCUCUUGUUUAUUGCUGGCGAUAUCGUGAAAUUCGAGAUUCAGUGAAAAGCACUUUGAAGAAAUUAUUUUUGCAUGAACAAGAAUUGGACAGAAGGGAGUGAAAACUUCUGUAUCUGACCUACUUGCAGGAGUCUUCUGUGUGAUGCCUCAGUUUAUUGUGUGCGGUAUAGAGUAUGUUAUCAGUUUAAUGAUCUCAUCGCCCAUCACAAACUUAAUCAGGCCGACGUUCGAACUUGCAUUUGUUGGGCAUGGAGUUUUUGUGUCUCUCAUUAUUACUUUUUUAAUAACCGUAUAUCGUUUGAUUUGACGUUAAGCCUAUACCCCAAAUAAAUAGCUGAAAAGCAUUACAUCUGAGAAUUGUGCUAAUGAAGUCCUAACGCAGUUCAUGCAUUAUGCUAAAUCUCACAAGUCCUGACAAAAUAUAUAUGCAGCUGUAUUUUGAACCCACGCAACUAAUUGCACUAACCUUCCAAUACAAUAACAUGAAAAAAAUGAAAUAAAAUAAAAUAAAAAAAGAAAGAAACGAAUUACUGCGCUUUUCACAAACAUGCGAACUCCAAAGUUCAAGAGCCGCCUUCACAAUCGCGUUUUUCGCUGCCGUCAACCAUAAUUACGAUCACAAAAUCAUUCGUUCAUUUUAUUUUCCAUAUAUACAAAAUUUUACAACGCAAGAUGGAAAUAAUAUGAGAUUAAAGAAAAAGUAAAUUUGAGCAAAUAGGUCAUUUAGAAUAAUCCUUGAAUAGGGAGAAGCACAUCGGAAAAUGCUUAGUUAUCAUUACGUGCGCCUACUGUAUAAUGCUUCUAGAACCAAUUUUGAGAAUCAUGUUUAUCAGAGGUAACUGUUUGCUUAACUACCAAAUAAAGUAGCCAUAAUAUUCCCAAUAUUUAUACUUUUUAUUUACGGUUAUGACGAUACAAGCCGGCGAAUAAUAUAUUCUCAAUAGCAAACAAUGACAUAGAUAAGAAGUCAAUGAAACGUUUUAUAGCAUAAACAAAUUCUGUAUCUGCCCGCUAGCUUUCGGCGACGCUGGCUUCAAAAAGGGCAUCGGGGGCUUGGCGUCUAGUGCUGGCAAACAGCUCAGGGUCAGACCUAACAGUUGGGAGGAGGGGAGGUGUGGUAGGUCUCCGUCUAAAGUAAAAGGGUAAGGAAGGAGGCUUUUGAAACUUUGAUCAGAAUGAGAGUUAAUAUUUAUGCAGGAGUGCACAGUUAACAAAAAAUUAUCCCUGCGGGCUAGCCCAGCCAAAUCAUUGCACUGUCUGAGAAACAUAAUGCGGCAAAGUGAAGAGAUAUGCAUGCAUUUAGUGCUUAUCUGGGCCCUGAGUAGUGCAUGAGAUGGUUUUGCCUGGGUAUACGGUCGCACCUCGUUGGGUCAACAGUGUUGUCAGAAGCUUAGAGAUUGUGCUUCGGUUAGUAACAUCCAAAUUUAGUGGGUAAAAUCUCCAAAGUGGUUCACACUUUCAGGCUUGUUCCGCAAUUUCAUUACACAGCUCUACCCUCAAGGGCACCCAACGGCAAUUUUCGGAAAAUAUCUGUUCUGAAGACGAUUUGAGACCUAAAAUUUUCGUAACAUUUGUUGUAAAAUUUCUUGCUGGCCUGCCUGUCCUAGGAUGGUAUAAUUACCCAUUUAUUUACCCUAAAAAAGGCCACCUAGAAUUUUCGGGAGCCUUUUCCUGGCUGAAAUUUUCGAACAGGUAAAUUUUGAUUCCUAUAAUUAUUGGAUCACUAGGCUUUCAGCUAGGAAAUCCGAACAGAUGAAAAGUUUUUAGGGGAUAAAAAUAUGCCCAUAUCUACCGUUUAAAUACUAAAAUACGUUCAACAAUGCUAUGUCAAGUGGUUUUGAACUAUAUCCUCGUUGGGUGCCCCUGUACCCUUUGAAAUGUUUGGUGGCCAUCCAGUUUCGUUGUCGGUGUAAAGAAGGAAAACUGUCAGACAAAGCCCAGAAGAUUACACUUUCCUUAGUCAGCCAAUGCUGAGAGGGAUUUGGGUAGAUUUCAACCGCUGUCUGUCUAAGUGGCCUUGGUUUUAUUAUAACAAUCACAUUGCUGAGCACCAUUUACAGACGAGACAUUAAAUCGACUGGGACUCUGCGACAUAUAUUACGUAUUCUACAGACUACUACUUUAGACAACGAGUCACUUUAGAAAGCGGGGCUACUAACUUAGAACAAACGCUACUGAAUUUUAGUCAACAGUCACAGGAACCGUACAAAUGACUUAUUGACGGAAUCAAGCAAAACUAACUACGAGAUAAUGAUUGGACAACUGACAAUUUGACUAACAAUAAACGACUGUCUAACUGUGACAAUAGACGGAUCAAAACGCACCAAUAACAUUACGAGUCUUCAUAGCCAAUAACAUCACGACUUAACUGACGGACGACCAAUAACAUCGCUACUUAAUGUUAUCUUAGUGUUACCCUCCGAGAUCUGGAUAAUUCUUCAUAUCCUACGAAAGCCGAAUUCAACAAUUGCUUUUUUAUUCAUUCAAAACACAAUUCCAAGUUUAAAAACAAGCUAAAACAUGCUUACCUCCGUCGAAGUUAAUCAGAGCCAGGUUUAUUGGGAAAGUUAAGAGAUAAAGGAUGUUCAGGUCUGAGAAUAUACUCCAAAUAGCAGAUGUCGUAAGUCGAGUUGUCUUCUUGCUGUUCUUGCUAUGUUUUUAGACAAUAGUUCGCCGUGAAAUGAGUAAAAUGUUCCGCCAUUACUCACUUGACCAUUAUCCACUUCGAAAACAACUCAAACUCGUCAGCAGGUCUUCCCUGUUAACGGAGUUUGACUAAUAGUCGCGGGUCGCGGGUCGCGGGUCCAAAGUCGCGGUCGCGGGUCCAAAGUCGCGGUCGCGGGUCCAAUGUCGCGGUCGCGGGUCCAAAGUCGCGGUCGCGGGUCCAAUGUUGCGGCAGGGGAAAAUGAUUUGGGGUUCGAGGUAACAGCUGAGUGAAAACCACUGAUAUGAACACAAUAUAAAGGGAAAAAAUCUUUUUUAUGCACAAUACUCUACGGUAGCCAAUUUACAGGUUACGCAUGUUAGAGUCAACAAAGUAAUGUCUCAAGAAAUAACCUAAAAGAAAAAGGUGGCCGACAAUUGUGUUCAGCGCAAGUUUAUUUUUUUUUCUCUCUGUCGGGCUCAGUUAUGUGUAAAUUCGAGCUUUGAAUAUACUUAUGCAUAACAGUAUCUGAUAAAAAAAAGUUACCAUAAGUUACCAUUGCUUUCUUCUUGUCGAUGAAUUGCUCACAAAUGCUUAAGGGUUCAAUUACUGAAAAAUAUGCGAUACACUUCAUAGACUACAGAUUAUAAACGUUACAACAACUUAAAGCCUUUUUUUUAAAAAAGCGAACUCGGGCUCAAAAAGCUACGAGUCUGUCGGUAGAAGAAACGAGAACACUUAUAUUUAACAAAUGUUUUCGGCAAAACUGAAAGAAAAUGUAAAUAGGCGCAUGAAACUUCAUUCAAGCGGUAUUCAAGGCAUGAAUUUAAUAUGGAAACAAGUAAUAAUCCACAGAAAGAAGUCUGUUCCUCGAAGCAAGAUUUUCGCUUAAUGCUUUUAUUUUUACAACUGAGACGGCAACCCAGAGAGUUCAAUAUAACUUCUUGUUCUCUUCACCUAAAUGGCAACCAGGACAACUUGACAAUAGGAAGCCAUUCAAUGUGCGUCUCAGCCAAAUCUUGAAAACAUGCAUCGUAAAUAACUAAGUGAGUAAGUAGGUAAGGAAAUAAUAGCGCCCGAUAUCAUGAAGCUGAAAAAGAAAGUAAACCGGACACUGAAAACGAUAAGUUAUCAACUCCACCAGAGUUAAGAAAAGACAAUAAAUUAGGUAAGUAAUUCCAGAUUCCAGGUACUGGAUUCAAGUCUUUGUCAGUAGAACCAAGAGACUAUGAUCUAUUCUCUCUUGGUAGAACUUGGAUUCCGGAUUUCAAUCGUUAUUGGGAACAAACUCCUUUCUGUGGACAAGAGAGGAUAAAGCUCGAGCUUUAUCCCCUCUUGCUGUGGAUUAUUACUUGUUUUUUAUUAAAGUCAUGCCUUGAAUACCCGCUUGAAUGUACUUUACUGGCACUUCAAGCCCAACGUCUCUCCUCCUCUUUCCAGUUACUUUUGCAAAGAGUUUAUUUUGGGAGUUUGCGACUGUUACGCGGGUAAUCUUUUAGAGGACGGGUAGCUUGCAAACUAAACUGAACGCAGGGUUGUCGGAACAGCAAUAAGAAGAUUUAUUCCAAAGAUGAACGUAGUUUCCACUGAGUAAAACUCCACAACAGCACGUAACUCGUUAAACUUACACGGCCUCCGCCAACUUGAAUAAAUACUGCCUUCGUCACACUUGACUAAACACGACCAACGUCAAACUCUCUUCGCUUGUGAAAACUAGUUAAAACUUAACUCGGGCUCGCCUAUCUUAUAUACGUUUACAAUAAGAUUCUAGAACUUUCCAAAUAGUCUAAUUAUAGAAAGAUUACAAAAUAUACCGCUUUUAGAAACGCUUACACAAGAUCCUAAAAUAAACAAAUUAUGAACUCUCGCGAAGCUUCUAGAAAGUCACACUAGUCACGCAAUACAAUUUUUCGUAACAGCGACCAGGAAGUUUUUCAACAAGCGUUUUCUUUAUUUUUGCCAAAGUAUUUGUUAAAAUUGAAACAGUUCUCGUUUCUUCUACCGACAGACUCGUAGCUUUUCGAGCCCGAGUUAGCCUUUUUUAAAAAAGGUUUUAAGUUU